AUGGAGUCCUGGGCAGCUGACGGCUCCUCAGAGGAGGCAGCGCUCAUUAACGGGUAGGGAGCGGAGAGGAGCCGAGCUCUCCGUAGUCAUGGAGUAGCGAUAUAAAAUAAUAAUUACAAUAAACAGCUUUCUGCCCGAAAACACACGGCUGACAUGUUCAAACGCAGAAGAAACUAAAUUAUUCGCCCCGACAAACGAUUUUGUCGGUGACACUCUUGAACGUUGGAUUUUGUUGGAAUCUGUGGUGAUUUUCCUCUCAGCCGGUCCCAUGAUGUCCACGGAGGAGAUGCUGAAGGAGAUCGCGCGCCUCUCCGGUGAGCUGAACGAAACCACGCGCGAGAAGAUCCAGGCGGCGGAGUACGGGCUUGUGGUGCUGGAGGAGAAUCAGGCGCUGAAGCAGCAGUACGACGAGCUGGAGAGCGACUAUGACAGCGUCCGACAAGAACUGGACCAGCUUAGAGAGGCGUUCGGACAGGCUCACUCCAACCAGAGAAAAGUGGCAGCUGAUGGCGAGAGUCGGGAGGAAUCUCUUCUCCAGGAGUCGGCAUGUAAAGAGGCAUACUACGAGCAGCGCGUGCAGGAGCUACAGGCCGAGCUCAGGCAGACUCGCAACACCCUCACCAACGCACAAUCAGAGAACGAGCGCCUGUCCACUAUCACUCAGGAGCUCAGAGAGAACAGUCAGUUGGUGGAGCUGCAGAGGUCCCGACUCCGUGACGACAUCAAGGAGUACAAGUUCCGUGAGGCUCGUUUGCUGCAGGACAACAGCGAGUUGGAGGAGGAAAACAUUGUUCUGCAGAAGCAAGUGUCUGUGCUCAAACAGAGCCAGGUGGAAUUUGAGGGCCUGAAGCACGAGAUUCGCCGACUAGAGGAGGACACACAGUUCCUUAACAGCCAGUUGGAGGAUGCCGUCCGUCUGAAGGAGAUAGCUGAGAGACAGCUAGGAGAGGCUCUGGAAACCAUCAAGACCGAGAGGGAGCAGAAGGCGGCAAUGAGGAAGGAACUGUCUCAAUACAUGAACAUCGGGGACUCCAUGUACCACAAUUCCUUGAGCAUCUCUCUGGAUGGGCUGAAAUUCAGUGAAGAUGUGAUGAUCGAGCCCAACAACGACGACCACAUUCAUGUCUACGAAAAUGGCUUUGACAAGAUCCCAAAUGCCGAAGAUAACCGGAUGUCCACACCCAAAAAGGACCAACUGUACCAUCCGGCCCCCAGCCUCGUGGACGACUUGCUGAGUGAACUCAACAUCUCUGAAAUUCAGAAGCUUAAACAACAACUUCUGCAGGUGGAGCGGGAGAAGGUGACAUUACUGUCAACGCUGCAGGACUCACAAAAGCAGCUGGAGCAGGCCAACGGUGCUCUGUCAGAGGAGCACGAGAAGGUGGGCCGCCUCACUGAGAACCUGAACGCUAUGCGCAAGCUUCACGCCAGCAAGGAGCGCCAGUCAGCCCUGGACAACGAGAAGGAACGAGACAGCAACGAAGACAGCGACUACUAUGAGGUGGACAUCAACGGGCCCGAGAUCCUGGAGUGCAAGUACAAGGUUGCUGUUUCCGAGGCAGGUCACCUGAAGGAGGAAUUGAAAACCGUGAAGUCUGAAUACACUGCUUGCCGGUCACAGUUUGAGGAUGAGCGUAGCCGCCUGGAGAGCCAGGUGGCGUCACUGCGCUCUGAGCUGAUCACUCUGGAGUGCAGCAGUCGUUCAGAGCGUGAGCAACUGGCACGGAUGGAGAAAGAGUUACGUCGUGCCAGUGAGGCAGCCGGUGAGAGCCAGGGAAGCCUGAGCGUGGCACAAGACGAGCUGGCUACGUUCAGUGAGGAGCUUGCCAACCUUUACCACCACGUUUGCAUGUGCAACAAUGAGACGCCCAGCCGCGUCAUGCUCGACUUCUACCGUGAGGGCAAAGCCAACACUGGCACCAAUGGCAACAAUCGGGGCAGCCCUGAAGGCCGUGGCCGUCGCUCACCUAUCUUGCUGACACGCGGCCUCUUCCCAACCCCUGAGGCAGAAUCUCCAUCCCCUGUCUCCUCCCCAGUGGCUGACCCACGCAAGGAACCAAUGAACAUCUACAACUUAGUGGCCAUCAUCCGUGACCAGAUCAGACACCUGCAACUGGCCGUGGACCGCAGCACAGAGCUGUCUCGUCAGCGCCUGGCCUCUGCCGAGCUUGGUCCCACCGCUGACCGUGACUACGAGGCCAGUGUAGAAGAGAUCCUAAAGCUCAAGUCACUUCUCAGCACCAAGAGAGAGCAGAUUGCCACCUUGAGAACAGUUCUUAAAGCCAAUAAGCAGACUGCUGAGGUAGCACUGGCCAACCUAAAGAGCAAAUACGAGAAUGAGAAGGCCAUGGUGACUGAGACGAUGAUGAAGCUACGCAACGAGCUCAAAGCCCUGAAGGAGGAUGCUGCCACCUUCUCCUCCCUUAGAGCCAUGUUUGCCACACGCUGCGACGAGUACGUCACUCAGCUGGACGAGAUGCAGAGGCAGCUGGCAGCGGCCGAGGACGAGAAGAAGACCCUGAACUCGCUCCUACGCAUGGCCAUCCAGCAGAAGCUGGCCCUCACGCAGCGUCUUGAAGAUCUGGAGUUUGAUCAUGAGCAGUCGCGCCGGGGUGGAGGCAACAGCAGGACCAAGUCUGCGUCCUCCCGGGCCAAGGCUGCUCACAACCCUGCUCAGACACAUGUAAGUCCACCCCUCACUGCCAACUGCGGGGGACGUGGCGAACCCAAUGGCCUCCUGGGAACGCCAGUUGUGUUCUGCAGUGAAAAGUACAAGAUCUACUGCGAAUAAAAGCGUGUGGCAUGUUUUAAACCGUGCUUCUCGGUGUACAAAGCCCCACUCACACGUGCUCUCUCUUCUCUCGCUCACUAUUUGCUGUAUGGUGUGUAUCUUUAUGCUUUAUGUUCUGCCUACCAGUGUGAUAGUAGCUAGGUGAAAAAAGUUGGCUAAUAUGAUAGCUGCCAUUCAUGUGUUUUGCAGAGGGCCAUUUGCUUCCUUCUGUACUCAUGGUGCUGUUUUUUAAGUGGCAGCUCCAUAUCCGAGUGUAUGUUAGCUUGCACAUGGUCCUCCUGACCACUAGUAGUGCAAUGGCGUCGUGUUGUGGUCGUGAUGUAUACCUAGCUGCCAUCCGCACCUCGGUAGAUGUCCUUCCCUUUUUCCCUUUCUCUAACACAUCCUCCUUCCCUCUUCCUGUCCCCCCUUCUCCUGCCUGCCUCAGAAAAGCUUUCUUUAAACUCGGCAGCCCGUUGUCUAAUCAGGUGACAAAUGUUUACAGUGUACACAAAUAAACAAUUUAAUAUGCAAACCCCCCACUUCUAUACAGUAGGGGAGGACCAAUGGGGUUUCGAAGAGGAAAAAAAUGCUGAAAGCAAAACAACGGGUUACUGAAAAUUUAGGAGCGUUUUUCUGCUCGGUCUUGAUCAAUUGGAAGUAGGCAGGAAUGGGAUGUUGUAAUUAUUUUUUGGCAAGCUUUUGGCUAAGACAUAAAUAGCUAAUUGUUUGCAUGCAAUUUGCUAGAUUCUUGGCUGAAAAAAUAAUAAUGCGUAUACUACAUAGUGUCCUAGGUUUUGUCUCCACCUUGAGCACACUUCUAAACAGGGCUCUACAUGAGGGGAUGAUUAUUACAGAGGAGCAUUUCCUCUCUCUCCAUAGAUCCGCCCCACCAAACAUGGAGAGAGUAGUUCAUAGCCAUAACACUGGAGCAUAAAGGAGGAGGGGAAAAUCAGCUCACUCCCUCAAAUUCAAGUGCACUUCUGCUAGGGGACUCAGGUUCCACAUUUUGCCACACAAAAAGGCAGAAGAAAAAAGCUAAACGAAACAAAAUGUUUGAUUGGUGAUGAUUCAACUCAAAAAAAAAAAAAAAAAAAAGACGAAAAAGAGCACAACACACAAGGCACAUUGUUACGAUGCCGAACAAUUGACAAAGAGUGAUAACAAACAAAUAAACAUCACCUUGGAAAAGUGCCUUUCUUUUGCUUUCUAUUGGCAACUGUCCAUUUCUCAGUGUAAAGCCCUGUCAUUUAUGUCUGAAAGCUAAUUCUAAUCUAGUCAUCAUUAUGUCUGUGUGAAUGCAUAUUUGCAUGUGCGCACGAGUGAACCAUCUUGUAACAGGAAAAAAAAAACCUGGCUUCCUCUUAUCACCGCUCUCCUUGCAGAUUGUCAGCAGCUUGCUCUCUCUGCUUUCCCUUUAUACAUGGCCAGGUAAACUUCCCAUAACAUUGUCACACCGGCGCAUGCUCCUCUACUCUCACACAAGCUUCAAGAUUGUGCUGAAGCAGAGCGUAGAGGAAACAAGCCGUGUUUAGCGUUCCAGUUUGUGUUGCACAGGCUGGAUAUUUCCAUGGCAUCACAUCACUACGAAUAGUUUCAUAAACAAAAUAAGCUUUAAAAUAGCAAGCUAGGGAAGUAAACAAAAAAAGUAUGGGGCUUGUAGUUAAACUUAUGUUGGCGAUGAAAACUUUUUCUUUAAGCUUUAUUAGCCUAAAAAGCAGGGUUGAGGACAGAUGAGGAAACGUCAAAAUGAUUAGGUGUUGUAUAUUCGUAAAGAAAUACUAUUCAGGUAAAAAACCUUCCCAGGCCAGCUUCCUCCUAACCAGAGGAAGUACGUACGUGUGUUUGUGAGAGUGUGUGAAUCUGUGGAAGAUAUAGAGACCUCAGUCCUCAACUCUGCUUCUGCCUGUGCUGCAUUGAAAGCCCUCGUUAGGCCUUUAGAUAACGUACUGUAUUAAAGAGACACAAAGCUAUCGCUCUCAUCCUUCUCUCACACUCACGUGAACACACAGCUUGGAUCUGACCACUCUUUUCGGUUCCUCCAUGCAUCCAGUAAGCCACGAGCGAAGGCUUAAGAUGGAGCGUUAGACUUUUUAAAAGCUUUACGAUACAAGCUGAGAUACGAUCGUUCAAAGCGAAGGGCAAAAAAAAUAAAAAAUACGCAAAUUUAUUCUAUCAAACGUACUGUUUGUUAUAUACUCGGAGACCGUUUUAUUCAAAUUACUUUCCGAUUAAUUCAUUGUCACCUUUGACUUGAUUAUUAACGGUGUUUGAUAAGUGAUUCGAGUCCGAGGAUUUUCUUUCGACAGCAUUUGAAAACAUAAACCUGGCUUUUAAUUAACACGCAUGUAGGUGGAGUUUUACCAGGAGGUGGGCGGGGUUUAAUACUUGUGAGCCAGUGGCUUUCCUGCACGGCCUAUUUAUAUAUAUAUAAAUCUCAAAUUCCAGUCCAAACAGUAGCCAUGUUGGUUUUUUAGUGACUAACCUGCUUAAUCCUCUUGCUUCUACUUCAUUUCAGCUGACCGAUCAGACCUUUCCAUUGGAUCUCUGCACUGCUCGCAGGCAUUUCUUUAACAUUCUGGCAGCAUGCCACCAAAUUUGUUCAACUCCUUUAAAAUUCAACAAUCUAAUAUCAAUUCUUUUUUUUUUCUUUUUCAUUUUGCAGUAAAUUUCAGCCCUUAGUUGAGCGGGGAAGUCGCCGUUCCAUCAUGCCGAUAAAUUCACUCUGCUUUUAGCCCAAAGGAAAUCCACUGGAAGGCAAAAAAUAUCUGAUUUUAUUUUAUUUUUUCUACAUUUUAUUCACAGUCAAUUAAUUCUCACAGGAAUUAUUUGACAAAUGAGUACGAGCUAUGAACACUACCAUGAUUAAAUGGCAUCAUUACCAUUUACUGAUUAUUAUUAUUUUUUAUUUUUUUUCGUUCAGUAGGAAACCUACGCUGACAUAAUGAAACUCCGCCUACAAGCAUUCCGUUUCCGAUCAGAACACGGAAAGGAACCUACGAGUCGUUAUCUCUUUAUUUGUAAACUGUGCACUUUUUAAUAUAGGUAUAUCGCUUUCAUUAUUAAUCUAGGGUUAGGUUUGUAGUGCUUUGGUUUGUGAGUCAGUUCAAGUAUACUAGAAACUCCACAUAAAGAAAUAUAUCGAUAGAAAUAGUUUUUUUUUCUCUAUACAGUAUAUGCACUCUGUAUGCAAAGAACUCACAUACAACUCACAUAUCCAAAACUACUCACACUGCAAACCAGUCCUAUUGUAUUCUGUGAAACGAAUCCAUGAGCAUUUUUAGCAUUUUCUAAUUUUUUUAUAUUCACUUGAUCAUUUUAAAUCGUUUUGUCAUUUUUGCUUUUUCUUCGUUGUUUAUUCUACUGCCAUAUUCUAAAACAAAAUCCCGGGUGGUCAGAUGCUGGGCUUUUUUGUCUAUUUAUUAUUCCUAGGAAUAGUUCAAAGUGAACAUGGAGAAACUUGAUGAUAUUUUUUGGCUUAACACAGUAAAGCGUGCUUCAGAACGAACAAAAUCUACAACAGACGGUGUGGAAUUGUUGUUGUUUUUUUGUUUUUUGUUUUGUUUUUUGUUCUGUAGUGCCGCUUUACUCAAGCUUUCAAUGGAUCGCUGAUUUCCCGAAUUCUCUGCAAACGUAAAAAUUAAUUCCAAAUUGGAAUGGUCUCACUCUCUCUUUAUUUAUUGUGCCAAGUCUUGGUACACUGUUUUACAUUUGAUACAAGGAGGAAAAAACACAGAUCAGAAAGAAGAGAAUUUCUCAGGUGGGUGUGUUUUUUUUUUUUUUUUUUUUUUAAACUGUUCCCAUUUUCAUGCCCACCAUUUGAGAAUUUGUGGGGUUUUUUUUUUUGUUUGUUUUUUUUUUUUCUGGUUUGUUUUGCUCUUUGUUCUGACCAGUAGUGCCUUUCAUUGUUUCAAGAGAGAAUUCUAGUCUAGGUUUUAGUUUUUUGUAGUUGUUUCCCUCUCCUGAAGGCCAGAGGAUUGACCGAAAUUUCUUCCUUCAGAGGAUGCUUAGAAGCAGCAAUAAGUGCAAAAGACACACAAUCAGUUUUGCGAGCGUGUGUUCUGUUAGACAUUAGGUAAAUGAAAUUGCAUGGAAUUCUUGAGAUCAGCGACCCCAUUAACAAAUUCAGGGGUUUUAGCAAAAGGUUGUUUUUUGGUUUUGUUUAAAAAAAAAAAUAAAAAAAUCAAGUGAUCGAAAUCAGAAUUAAUCCUAUUUGCCUCAUAAUGAACAAAAGAAAUGACAGACGCUGCACAUUAGUGCGGCGUUUGCAGGUGGAGACUGGUGUAUCUAUAGCUUUGUCUGGUGAAGGUAAUAUGGUAUUGAUAGUAUUGUUGACAAAUGAGCGAACUCGUGUCCUCUUUUUGUCUCAUUUACGUUUGGUGUUUUUUUUUAUAUUUUAUUAUUUUUUAUUUUUAAUCUUUUUUGUUGUUUUAACAUAUUCUUUAAGCAUUGUGAUUUCAGGAAACAGAAAACAUUUUGCAUCAACAAGCUUGAACAGUGAAAUGAAAGUCACAAUCGGUUUGUUGAGGCAUAAAAACAACCCAAUUAAUAUGUUUGGGAAGUGAGCUAAAGUGAAAAAAAUAAAAAGGGUCAUUUAAGUGCAAUUGAAACUGCUGAUUUCUAAAGCAAAUGAGCUUUUCUGUUUGCUGGAAGCGAUAGUGUUGUGUUAUUCAGCUAGCUGAUAACUUUAUACAUUCACAUUGUGUUCAGUAUUGAUCCGCGAGGAGAGUUUGAUAACUUUAUAUAAAACAAUGACUUUGUUCAUAUGUUGGUAUUUAUUUAAACUGAUUUACAGCAUCAAUAAUGUGCAUUAUGAUGGCUAAGUGGUGGAAAAACGUCACAUGCAUGUAACCUUUCAGCUAUGGGACUUUUACACAGAACGGAAAACAAACCGCUCGAAACGGGUUCAAAAUAAAAACCUAGUGAGGAACAUAAAAGAAUUCAAAUUGAUAGGAGAAACGUGUUUAGCUACUAAGUGAUGUAUUACUGCUGAACUAACCAAGAAAAAAGUGUUGUUUUGUUUUCCUUAGAGAGAUACUCGGCUGUGUAAAGGUAGUCAUGCUGGUUAAAAAAAAAAUCAAUAAAAAGUUGAAAAAUGUU